AUGACGGAAAAGUCGCACAGUAGGAAGUCCUCAAGAGAGCGACAACCUACAGAAAAGAUGGCAGCUCUGCAAGGGGAAGAGUCGGUGAAGACAGAACGGAAGUUCUUCAAACACUAUGGGGCUCUGAAGACUAUCGUCAAGGAAGCAAGGAAGGCAAUCAAGGCUGAAAAAGAAGAAGCGAUGAUCAAGCAGCAUAUCGAAGCGCUGGAAAAUGGAGAGAAGGAAUUGAUAACAUUGUUUGAAGGCUUGAGGAAGCACAAGGCUCCUAUAAGAGAAGUAAGGGAGAGAAUGGAUAGAGGAAAUGCGAUGGUCCGAGAUAUUAUAAAUGCCCUUGAAGAAGUUCUAGGGUCACUGGGAAGUCCCUUUGAUGCCGAGGACCGCAAGCAGAUCGCAAGAGAGCUCUUAAAGCAAGACUAUGCCAAGUCGGUCUUCAGCUCGUCCUUAAGUGAGGUGGACCCAGAUGCAGGAACAAGCCAGCAACCGGAAGCCACCCCAGUCCAUGCCACCUUUAGUCUCCCUGGUCAGCUUUCUCGCGGCAAGAUCUCACCCCGUCCUCCUUCAUCUGUCAAUUCUGCAGAUACUCUGUCAGAAGGCCCAACAGCGCCUUCUGUGUCAGAAGGCCCAUCAGCGCCUUCUGCCUACAGUCCUCAGUCAUCGCCACUGGUAGAUAGUCAGCAUUUUGCCCAAGCCCUAGCCGACAAUAUGUAUCGGAAUCGGCUUCCAGUCCCAGUACCUCAUACCUUCAGUGGUAAUCCCCUCGAAUUUAUUGAAUUCGAGAGAAGUUUCAGGACUCUAAUUGGGGACAGGAUACCGGCUACAGAAAAGCUUUAUUAUCUGAAGCAAUACGUGACAGGACCGGCCAGAGAGGCAAUAGAAGGAUUCUUCUAUGGAAGUUCAGAAGAUGCCUAUGCUGGUGCCUGGAACACUCUAAGGCAGAGGUAUGGCCACCCAUUCCAAGUCCAACGGGUCUUCCGGGAAAAGCUGCACAACUGGCCAAAGGUACCAUCAAGAGACGGGAAGGCACUUCAAAGGUUUGCAGACUUCCUAAAGAGCUGCAUGGACGCCAUGCCCUACGUGCCAGGUUUGGAGGUAUUGAAUGACUGCCUUGAAAACCAACGACUUCUUGGUAAGCUGCCUGAAUGGCUUGCUGCCAGCUGGAAUAGGCAGGUUACAAAUGCCAUCCAGAAUGGGGGAUUGUAUCCACAGUUCAAGGUGUUUGUGGGAUUCAUGAUCAAGGAGGCACAGAUCGCCAACAAUCCAAUCUCUUCACUGGAGGCCUUAAAAGGCGGUGAAUCCUCGAGCCCAAGGAAGGACAAGCUUCCCACAAGGAAAAGCUCUACACUGGCCGUGAAAAGCAAAGAGGAACGGACGAAGCACCACAAGCACCCACCUGAAGGCAAGAAACCUGCCAAAGGCUGCGGCCUGUGCCGGUCGACAGACCAUUUCCUGGAUGGAUGCCCUCAAUUCAAGGCCAAAUCCUUAACUGACCGCAAGGGUUUUGUAAAGGAGAAUGGCUUCUGCUUCGGUUGUCUUCGGCAAGGGCACUUCAGCAAGGAUUGUACGAAGAGACACAAAUGUGAAGUUUGCGGCAAGCGACAUCCCUCCUCCCUCCAUGAGUGGCGUCCUGAGGCAAGUCAAGACGAAACGGAGCAAGCCGCAACAACAUCCCAUAAGCUGCACUUUGGAAAAACCACCAGUACGUCAAUGAUUGUGCCAGUAUGGGUUGCUUCAGAGCAGUCCCCAACAAAGGAGGUACUAACAUAUGCUCUUUUAGAUACCCAGAGUGAUGCCUCCUUUGUCCUAGAAGAAGUAGCUCAGAGCUUAGGCGUUAAGCGACAGCCCUUGAGACUACAGUUAUCAACGAUGACGUCCUCAUCCACCAUCCAGUGCGAUGCAGUGAACAAUCUGGUAGUAAGAGGCAUGACUUCUCCCACUAAGGUGGAGAUUUCAAAAUGCUACACUCGAGAGUUCAUACCAGCAAACCGGGAGCAUAUCCCAACUAGGGAAACUGCAGACAAGUGGCCUCACCUUCAAGAAAUCGCUCGGGAUAUGUCUGCUCUCCAAGGUUGUGAAGUUGGGUUGUUAAUAGGUUAUAACUGUCCCAAAGCCUUAGUCCCUAGACAGGUUGUAACAGGCACCGAUGCUGAGCCUUACGCUGUACGAACAGACCUGGGAUGGAGCGUCAUCGGUGCAGCAGACACUCAAGAAGGUGACGUCGACUCAAGCCGAUGUGGCAGAGUGGCUACACGGGAGCUGCCAGGAAUAACACCCAAAGAUGUGCUCAAGGCCCUAGAGGCAGAUUUCUCGGAAAGGUCCAGUAAGGACAUAUCCUACUCCCAAGAGGAUAUAGAGUUUGUGAAGCUCUUGGAAACCACCAUUGCGAAGAAUGAAGACGGUCAUCUCAUAAUGCCACUACCCUUCAAGAAAAUGCCUGACAUGCCAAAUAACAGACGUCUUGCAGAAGUUCGACUCAAACAUCUACAAAGGAAGAUGGAAAGGGACGAAAGGUACAAAGAGCAGUACCAGGCUUUCAUGACUGAAAUGAUCAAGAAUGGUUAUGCAGAGAGGGUACAGGAAGAAAGUCCCCCUGGGUCGACGAACUACAUCCCACAUCAUGGUGUUUACCAUCCUCAAAAGAAGAAAAUCAGAGUAGUUUUUGACUGCGCAGCAAGAUUCCGUGGUACAUGCUUGAAUGAUCACCUCCUGAAAGGCCCUGACCUCACCAAUGCCUUGGUGGGAGUACUGCUCAGAUUCAGGCAGCACGAUGUGGCCAUCAUGUGUGAUAUUGAGAAGAUGUUCUAUCAAUUCCAGGUGACGGAAGAACAUAGGGAUUACCUACGCUUCCUAUGGUGGGAGGGCAAAGACACAAAGGGCAAGCCAGUGGACUAUCGUAUGAAGGUACACCUUUUCGGUGCUGCAUCCUCACCAGGAUGUGCGAACUAUGGCCUAAAGCACCUUGCCAAAGAGUACAAAGAUGACUUCCCCAUGGCUUCACGUUUCCUAGCGAGAAAUUUCUAUGUGGACGAUGGUAUUACAAGUCUACCAAGUUCAGAAGAGGCCAUUCACUUGGCAAGAGAAGCCAUGGAACUUUGCCAGAGAGGGGGUAUACGCCUCCACAAGUUUGUGUCUAACACAAAAUCUGUCCUAGAGAGCAUCCCAGAGUCAGAGCGCUCUGUUGAUGUCACUAGUUUGGACCUCAACUUAGAAGAGUCAAUGGAGAGAGCUUUGGGAAUCUCGUGGAACCUAGCAGCUGACUAUCUUUGUUUCAAGAUUGCCCUGAAGGAGCAGCCGUGGUCCAGAAGAGGUAUUCUCUCAACUGUGGCCUCAUUGUAUGACCCGCUGGGUUUUGUGGCCCCCGUGGUGCUACAGGGGAAGAAAAUCCUUCAGGAAAUGUGUCAAAAGGGACUUGGAUGGGAUGAUCCCGUCCCGGAAGCCUUGCGGCCAUCAUGGGAUCAGUGGCUCAAGGAACUGCCGCAGUUAGAGUCCCUUAGGAUUCCUCGAUGUCUUCAUCCUCCUGGCUUCAGUAAUCCAGUUGUGGUGCAACUGCAUCACUUCUCAGAUGCCAGCACCAUGGGAUAUGGUCAGUGCUCAUAUCUGGAGCUUCAACUGGUUGAAGAGUUCUUUUGGACUGACUCCAAGGUAGUCAUAGGCUACAUCAACAAUGAGGCCCGAAGGUUUCAUACAUUUGUGGCAAAUAGAGUUCAGCUAAUCAGGGAUAGAAGUCUCCAAGAUCAAUGGCACUAUGUACCCACCGAAGAAAAUCCGGCUGACCAUGCAUCCAGAGGACUCAGCCCGACAGAGCUACUGAAGACCAAGCAAUGGAUGAAUGGGCCAGACUUCCUUUGGGAACGUAACUUUGAGUUCAGAGAUACCUCCGCACAACUGAAUGUUGGUGACCCUGAGGUGAAGAUAGCUGUCUUCGCAACUAACCUCAAUCUUGACAAGCCAGACCUGCUACAACGUCUAGCCAGACUCUCUAGCUGGUCUUUGAUGAUUAGAGUCUUGUGUCGACUCAGAAUGGCCUCAAGGAAAGGUGAUGAACGAGCCUCACUUGCUCAAGAGAGAGAGAAGGCUAAGGUAUUCAUCCUUCAGCUAGUUCAAAGAGAGACUUUUUCUCAAGAGAUGAAGUGCUUGACUCAGAAGAAAACUGUGAAGGGCGCAAGCAGCAUCCAUGAUCUGGAUCCAUACUUAGACGAGGAUGGAACCCUACGAGUUGGAGGUAGGCUAAAGGACCUGCCCCAUCCUGUCAUCCUUCCAAAGAACAGCCAGAUCACCAGAGCAAUCGUACAGCACUUCCAUCAGAAAGUCUGUCAUCAAGGUAGAGGCAUCACUCAGAACGAGAUACGAGCCAAUGGAUACUGGAUCGUGAAGGGAUCUAGAUUGGUAGCGCAGUUGAUUAAGAACUGCGUAACUUGCAGACGCCUACGCAGACCCCAGGAAGAGCAAAAGAUGGCCAACCUUCCAGAUGAUAGGGUAGAGCCCUCUUACCCUUUUACGUUCGUGGGCAUGGACUGUUUUGGUCCAUUUGUUGUUAAAAGAGGUCGCUCGGAUGUGAAGCGAUAUGGGUUGCUCUUCACUUGUCUGUGUUCUAGAGGCGUUCACAUUGAAAUGGUUGAUGACAUGUCUACAGAUUCAUUCAUUAAUGCUCUGCGUUGUUUCAUUGCAAUCAGAGGAGCAGUCCGACGAAUCAGGUGCGACCAAGGUAGCAAUUUCGUGGGAGCUAGGAAUGAAUUUCAGGUAGCCAUGAAGGAAAUGGAUGCUGUCAAGGUUAAAGCCUAUCUUGCAGACAAGCAGUGUGAAUUUGUUUUCAAUGCUCCUCAUUCAAGUCAUGCCGGAGGGGUUUGGGAACGGCAGAUCCGUUCUAUAAGGAAUGUCCUGAGGGCUACUAUUGACUUAUGCCCUGGAAGACUCACUGAUGCGUCUCUGCGUACCUUCUUCUAUGAAGCAAUGGCUAUUGUGAAUAGUCGGCCUUUGACGAUGACCAAUCUGAACGACCCCAGUACUGCUGCACCUUUGACACCGAAUCAUCUUCUCACUAUGAAGAAGUUGGUGCCGUUGCCACCUCCUGGUGAGUUUCCUAAGACAGGUAUGUACCUGAGGAAAGCUUGGAGAAGAGUCCAAUUCUUGACACAACAGUUCUGGUCCCGAUGGCGCAAGGAGUACCUUCUUUCCUUGCAAGGGCGUAAUAAGUGGACUAAAACACGAAGGAACUUGAGGAUUGGAGAUGUUGUCUUGCUGAUGGACAACGAAGUGCCACGUGUGAAGUGGCCCCUUGCUGUAGUUACAGCAGUGACUCCCGGCGAUGACGGUUUGGUCAGAAAGGUCCAGGUACGAGUAGGAACAAGGAACCUGGAAAAGGGGGCUAAGAGGUCAGAGUUAUGGAGACCAGUGCAGAAAGUGGUCCUCCUCGUGGAACAUCCUAGAACGUCUGACUCAGAUUCCGAAUGAAUGUUUUAGUCACCCUACUUCAGAGUUGUUGGUGAAUUGUGCAUUCCCUGUGAUCGCUCAUCUCGCCUCGCCCUGUGCUUUGAUUUUGCUCAUGGCUUCAGUCAUGGAGGUUUCGGACAGCAGUUGUCUGUCGUUGCCGGAUGCAUUGCUCUGUCUGCCCCAUUCUUGCGCGCCUUAUGUGCUUUGCGGUGCAUGGCAGUGACUCCUUUGUUCAGUUAUGUUGUUCAGUUGUGCAAGUGUAUUUAAGUCUAGUAUUAAUUAUACUGUAGUUGUUACUUUGCUACAUACAGUUGCAACUUUGUUUUUUUUGUAAUACAUGUAAUUACUAGAUUCAUGUGUAAUGGAGUACCGGUAGUUGAAAAUUACCAACACAGGUUGUCAUUGUAUGGCAGGUUGAAUUAUUUGUAAGUAAUUUGGUGGGAGUGUAACAGUCGGCACUCCAUAGUUUGGGGGCGCUAGCACUUCAUAAAACCAAAACAAACUGUGCACAUAAAUGUUCGAUGAUUCACGAACAAUGCUCGACAAGGAAGCCAUCAAACCUUGAGCUUUUCAUCAGUUUAACGAUAUGGGAACAGUAUAAGGCUGUAACUGUAACAAGAUGUGCAUCAAGUUGAAAGUAAAUCGGUCUGUCUUUGAUGUCAGCACUCAGCAGGCACAGUGGUAAGCUUACAUAUAAGUGCCUCACUGUAAUAUGUUUAUCCCAUUAUGAUGUGUGGUUCAUAUUUUGAGCUGUGUUAAAUUAAUCUUAUUGUAAACCACAAACUUGCUAUUCUUGGUGUAAUUGGCAUUCUGGUGAAGUCACUUAAUAACAGUAUUAUUUAUACAAUGUGCAUGAAAGUUAUUCCAAAGAAACAAUACCUCAAGUACAGAUACAUAAAUGGAAGUUUAGACAUUGUUCAUGUUAAAUGUCAAUUUAUUAUACAUGUAUUUUGUACAUCAAGAAGUUAUUUUAUUAUACAUGUAUUUUGUACAUCAAGAAGUUAUUUUAUUAUACUUGUAUUUCGUACAUCAAGUAGUUAAUUGAACGAUCACUGAAGUAAUCGUUGAACACUGAAGCGUUUUAUUGCUAAAAGAUUCAUAUCAAAUGUAAAUACCGUUAUACUUAUUAUUCGUAUGUUUUGACUUUGUCAUUUUUUCAGUUCUUACGGCUUUUGACAAGAAUAAACGUCUACAAGAAGCAUAGACUAUACAAGCCAGUA